CUAUUAUUUUUGCUGAGGACAAAUACGGGUCAUCAUGUGAACAACACCGUCAAAGUGGGCCAUUCUAAACGGGCCUCAGCAGAUUAUGGUGCCUGAGCAGAUGUACUUGACAAACUUAUAUCUAGCAGGUUAGUCAGUGGCCUGAAUACCUCAGACAGACCUUCUGCUCAGCGUCUGCUGCAACGCACGUGGGGAACCGCCAACCAUCUGGGGUCGUCCCUAAAGCCCAGAGUAAACAGACAUUAAGCGUCUUUGAAUCAGACCCGACCAUAAACCCGUUUACUCCAGCUGCUCCAGCCCCUUUUUACGACUAAUGCUGAGGUUUACCGGCUGCCUGCCUGCCUGCAGGUACCAGUUCCAGAGAAGAUGGUGGCCGCUGUGCUCACCUUGUUCUCCUCAAGUCAACAUGUUCAACCUGAUGAGCAACUGCUGCAGCUGGGUCGCCAAAAUCCAGGAGCCACUCAGGAAAGUGACCAUUCUCGUGGUUGGUCUUGACAAAGCAGGAAAAACCUCAUCGAUCAGAGGGAUGUUAAGAGUCCCUCCUGGUGUCGACGCGGGGCCAACCCACGGCUGCAUUAAAAACGAGCUGAGAGUGGAGAACUACCUCGUCACGCUGCUGGACGUCGGAGGAUCAGCGGAGUCCCGUGGAGCGUGGAGGGAGCUCUACGGAGAAGCCCAUGGCGUCAUCUUUGUGGUGGACUCCAGCGACAGGCAGAGGAUGAAGGAGGCCAGGGACGUUCUCGCAGACCUGCUGAAGCAACCGAGGGUUGCAGGAAAACCCAUAUUAGUGUUGGCAAACAAACAGGAUAAGAUGAAUGCGCUGCUGGGAAGUGAACUGAUUGAGAUUCUUUCCUUAGAGAAGCUGGUCAACCAAAGCCGCUCUCUGUGCCAUAUUGAGCCUUGCUCAGCCUUAAUGGACCUGCGGCGCUGGUCGGACAGAAAGACUCUGCGAGGCCUCCGCUGGUUGCUGCGAGCUGUUUGCCUGGAUUACCCGGAUCUGUGUGCCCGGGUGGCGCAGGACAGCAAGCGGCCUCUGGAGCCCCGGGAGAGAGAAAAGAAAGGCAGACCCGAGAAAGUGCAAAGAAUAUCCAAACUUGAACGAAUGAGAUCCAGCAAGUCGGAUCUGCGUCAGGUUCAUCGGUCCAGAGACAAAGAGAAAAGGAACAGUGGUGAAGGAAAGCUGCAGCCCAUUAGGAACAUGCUGCAGAAGGAAAACACACUGAAGAAGAGGCUGAGGUCAAAGAAGAUGAAGAAAAAACCAGUGAAGGUCAAAGAAGGUGUAAAAGAUGUUGAAGAAGCACCUGAAGAGGAAGAGGAGGGUGAAGCAAAUGAAGGAGAGCAAGAAAGUUCUGGAAGCAGAGACAAAGCCAGCAGUGCCCUGAUCCCUCCGAAGAAAAGCAAACUGAAAAGCAAGACAAAGGUGAAAGAAGAUAUGCUGGAUGCUCCAGGAUCCCUGGAAAGCAACGAGACACCAACUAAAGCUAAAGGAGAAAGGAAGAAGAAGAAGGUUGUGAAGGUAAAAAGAAAAAACAAGAUCAACACGGAGGGAAUGCCGGUGGCGUACUCUCAACCCGUGGACCUUUCUGAAACCUUUGAUGAACCUGUCUCCCGGUAGAUCUGUACCGAAAAGCAAUCCAGGCUCUGAAGGAACGUCAGGAUCAAGCUCAGGGACAGUGAAUCCGGUUGCUUCCGACUCUCCAAACAGACACAACCUACAAUCUAUGCUCAACACUCCUCAUCCACUUGGAAAUAACCGCGACUUUUACCAAACAAGGAAAGUUGUAUUGACCUCCUGACCCCUGAGCAUUUGAGGAGAAGUCUCAGUGUGCAGUGAAGGGAAGGCAAAAAAAGAAAGUCGUGUUGUACAGUGUACAAAAAAGAGAACAUUUAGGCAGUAUUGUGAGUACAUGGCCAAAAUAUUGAUCUGUAGUUUGUAAAAUGUGAUCAUUUUUAAACUGUAUUUUUUAAUAUUAUUUGAGAAUUAUCCAACAAUGAGCUGAUAUCUUUGCAAAAACUGCUGUAUUCCUGAUUAGAUUAUGAAAUGUAAUAAAAACAUUGUCUCUAACGU